UAGGCUCGUUUAGCUUAAUCUGCAGCCCUCCAAAUUCCUAGGGCUCCUCACUUUCUCAUAAUCGGCUUCUGGUUCUACCGAACUCUUUCGUCUUCUCUAAUUCGCCUUUGGAAAAUCCUUCGAUGACGCUUCCUCCAGGGCCCUAUUCUGGAACCAGCACCCUCGCUUUGGUUGCUCGUGCUUCGGCGUUUUCUGUUGGACUUGUCUACGGAAGCCUCAAGCUCAAGUACCUUCAGGCGAAGGCAAAAUCUCACAAGAAAGCUGAAGCAAAGGCUCAUCACUGAGGUAUGGCUGAUGAUUCUUAUCAGCAUCAAAAUUGACGCACCGGUUGAAUUUUAAAGGGAAAUAAAUCUAUUUUUACUGAACACUCUUUCGUUCCAUGUUGCAUUAGAUGGCUCUAUAUUUCAUUGAGGAGUCAUGUAGAUGUAUCUAACCUCGAUCUUAAGGACCAUAUUUGAGUUACAAUUAGUUUUGAUGGAUGGAUGGAUGAGAGGACUGUCUGAUCAUGAUUCCUUUCUUUGAUUGAAAUCAAUAAUUUGUUUGUCAUC